AUGCACAGGCUCCUUGGACGGUACCCUGGCUACAAUCCCAGAGUUGACCCCAGUGUGUCCAACGUGUUUGCCACAGCUGUCUAUCGCUUUGCACAUUUGGCCAUCCAACCCAUGUUAACUCGUCUGGAUGCAAACUACAGGGAGCACCCCCAGUUUCCCAGUGUGUCUCUGAGCCAGUCUUUCUUUGCUCCAUGGCGGAUCGUCUUUGAGGGUGGUGUGGAUCCACUGAUUCGUGGUUUAAUCAGUCGUCCUGCCAAACUGAACACUCAGGAUCACAUGAUGGUGGACGCUUUGAGGGAAAGACUGUUUCAGUUUGUUCGGCAGCUGGCUUUGGACCUGGGCUCUCUGAACAUGCAGCGAGGACGUGACCAUGGCUUGCCAGGAUACAAUGCUUGGCGUAGGUUCUGUGGUCUAUCUGCUCCCAGAAACCAGGCUGAAUUGGCACAAGUGAUGAACAACACAGAGCUUGCCCAAAAGCUGUUGGAUCUCUAUGGCACACCUGAAAACAUUGAUGUUUGGCUGGGAGGAGUUUCAGAGCCAUUUGUUCGUGGAGGCCGAGUGGGUCCUCUAUUUGCAUGUCUUAUUGCCAAUCAGUUCAAAGAUAUCCGACAAGGAGACAGGUUUUGGUAUGAAAACCCUGGAGUGUUCACAAAGAGACAGAGACUUGCCCUGUCCAGAGUCACCCUCUCUAGAGUCAUCUGUGAUAACACUGGGAUCACAACCGUACCACAGGAUGUUUUUAGGGCCUGGUCCCGAUCGAACCGCCCUGUCCGGUGCAACAAACUCCCUUCCGUCAACUUGAAAGCCUGGAAGGAGCAAAGCUGCUCAGGGUCGGGGGGACAGAGCUGCUCCUACCCCCUACCAUCCUCACUGACAGAGAGGAAGAGGAAGAAAAAGAGGAAGUCUCGAGUCUGA